AUGGAAAUGGACAUCUUUGGAAGACACCUGCAGCCAGCCUCAAUCAUCUGGAUUCCUGUGCUGGUCUUUCUGCAGUUGGCUUGCUGCUCUCUCACCUACCGACACACUUCAGGGAGUCCGCUGUUAGUGGAUGAACAGUCAGCCAAUGCCUUCCUGUCCCGCUCGUUGCUUUAUAACAGCUGGGACUUUGAAGUAGUGGUGCCUGACAACCUUGAAAGGGAAUGUUGGGAGGAGAUAUGCACUUAUGAAGAGGCCAGGGAAGUAUUUGAGGAUAACACUCAGACGGAAGUAUUUUGGACUGACUAUGUUGAAAGCCACGGGUAUGCACCCAGAGUGGACGUGUCGGGGCUGGUGGCAGGGAUCCUGGCAAUACUAGUGUGUGCUGUGAUUGCCACCGUGUUGGGUAUCUACUUCUACAAGGCCAAGAACAAGGGGGGAAGGAGACCCGUGCAAAUGUUGCAAGAUGGCCGUCCAGCCCCAGAGAUGGUCCCUCUGGCAACUGCCCCUGGUCUGCCCAGCUACAACGAAGCUCUAAACCGAAGUGGGAUGCACGAUGCCCCGCCGCCACCUUAUUCAGGGGGGGCGCCAUCUGAGCCUGCAGACCCAGGAGACAACGAGUGAGCACUGAGCACUGAGCCAGCCAGCCAGCCAGCCAGCCCGAGCUGCUUCAAUGUGGUUGAUGCUGGCGCUCGAUGAUGCUUUGAGUGAAGUUUCAGCACUGCUUGUUGUAUAACGUAUUUAGGGGGCGGGAAUUGAGAGCCAAAUUCAGAACGGACACUUUUGACAGGAUGAUGAUGUACAUAGUACAGAUGUGAUGCUCUUAACUGGAUGCAGGUGAGGGUUUUUUUUUUUUUUUUUUUUUUUUUCCUUUUUCUUCAUGAUUGAUCUGUACGUCCACUUUGUGGACAGUCUAAAACACUUUAUGCAAGCGUAAGAAAGCUUAAGUUUGCUUAAUGUCAGAAAACUGCCAUCAAUCGCCACUAAAAUUCCACCUAUGAAAAUAUGAGAACGAUAGCGCAAUAUUAUGGAUUCUAUGGACACCAGGCAUUUUUCUUAUAUAACAACAUUAAGCUUUUUCCCUAUAGUGAGAGCCUGUGGAGAGGAAAAUGCUUAACGUCCAUAAAAUCCCAAAUAUUGUGGGCGAUUGUUUUCAUAUUUUGAGAGCAACAGGCAUGUGCACAGAUAUUUUUAUUUUUGGGAGCGGUGUGGGGGGAGGGGGGGGGGGGGGUCAAGCCAAAAAAGGGCACCCAUUACCAAAAUUAUUCAAUUAAGAAAAAAACUGUCGUAUGUAUUUAACUUACGACGUAUUAAUGGGUGUUUUAUGGUGUUUAUUUAUUAGCUAUGAGUGUUGUAAAUUUAGUAUUCUUUAAUGAAAAUGUUAAUUGUGAUUUCUUGUCCUUUAUUGCACAAUCCGUCAAUAAAACACACGCGACAAAAAACAAAGGAAGUGGAAGGGAUGCUACAGUGGAUAUAAAAAGUCAACACAACCCUGUUCAAAUGACAGGUUUUUGGAUGGAGGAGGGGGAUUCCUGGGGGGGCAAUUCGGAAGCAUUUGUAUAAUUCGUACAAUUUGUCGAUGCGUGCCCUCCGAUUGGCUGGCGACCAGCUCAGCGUGUUCUCCGCAUCCUUGCCUGAAGCCAGAGACCAUAGUGAGGAUAAGCGGUUAAGAAAACGGAUGAUUGAAGACAAAAAUGGAGAUGCAGCAAAAAGGCUACGUUUUUGUCCAGGGCAAAAGGGCAGGUGCUUGAGCACCGCUUAGGGUGUAUGUGCACAUGCCUGAUAAGCAACAUUAAGCUU